AGGAUUACGGGUGAGUGGGUGGAGAUUCUGGGUUUUGUUCCAAGCCGCAGCUACAUUGUGACAUUCCACAGUUACAUUGGGAACCAAGGCAUUUAGCAGCGAUGAGUGAACCGAAGUGUGGAGGCACUAGCUCUGAGAAAUCGGCUACCCAGGAGCUUCAGCAGCUUGCUGAUUCCAUGAAGCCUAAGAUUGAAGAAGCUGCUAAAAAAACAUUUGAUGUGUUUGUUGUAAAAUCUUACAAGACUCAAGUUGUAGCUGGGAUCAACUAUUUCAUUAAAAUUCACGUUGGUGGCGAUGACUACGUGCAUGCAAAAGUAAAUGAAGCCCUUCCUUGCAAUGGAAGUGCAAGGAAAGUUACUGGUGUAAAGAUCAAUAAAUUACACCACGAUGAAUUAACCUAUUUUUAAAACAAACUUUUUUUAAUGUGCUAGGUCAGAGCAAGAAGAGUUUCUCAGCUUGUGCAGUUCUCUCAUGGGUGUCUAUGUGCCUUUAUUUUUGGGGGGGGUGAGGGAAGGGGAAGAGGAACGACACUGAGCUUUGCCUUCAUAGACUUCUAAAAUGUUUUAAUUGUUAAAUUAAAUGUUUAAAUUGUUUUAUUUUUUUCUUUCCCCACACCACCUCCAAUGCCAGCUGAGAUGGUCACCAAGUAUUCCUUUUUUCUAGUUUUCAAUGAAUAGCAACUUCUUAGUUACAAGCGUGUUUGGGAAAUCAAAUAAAUUGAUCCAGGAAAAUGCACAACAGAAAUUUUGGUUAGCUGGUUUUGCUCCAGCCUAACCUCAGAGGUGGAGAGAUUACACAAUUACGGCAAAGAGUAAUGUAAAAUGUCUUAAAAAUCAUACAAUCCUAAUGGAAAUUAUCAAUUUUUCUAGAUUGUUCAUUUGUAUAAUGAAAACACAGGCAAGCAUCUGUUUCUGUACUAAAUCUUGUACCCUGUUUACUGGAGAUUAUGUGAAAGAGAAAAAUUCGAAUAAUUUGCAUGCUUUAUAAGAAUGUAGUAUAAGUUUGUAAGGAAUUGUAUUAUAAGGAACUGCAUUGAAUAAAUAUUGCUCUACACAUUA